AUGGAUUCAUCAAAAGACGCCGGAGAAACUUACCAGAGCAAGUACAAAGGUAUCCGUCGUCGGAAAUGGGGAAAAUGGGUUUCGGAGAUUAGGGUUCCGGGAACUCGUCAACGUCUCUGGUUAGGCUCUUUCUCCACAGCCGAAGGCGCUGCCGUAGCGCACGACGUCGCUUUUUACUGCUUGCACCGACCAUCUUCUCUAGACGACGAAGCUUUUAACUUCCCUCACUUGCUCCCAACCUCUCUCGCUUCCAACACAUCUCCCAAAUCCAUCCAAAAAGCUGCUUCCGACGCUGGCAUGGCCGUGGACGCCGGAUUCAACCUAAACAACGACGGUGCUGCGUCUGGUAGUGGUGGCUAUGAAGGUAGAUCGUCGACUGCGAACAUGGAUGACGACAACAACGAUCUGAGUAUCUCCGUGUACGAUUACUUGGAAGACGAAGUACGUUUUUAGUAGUUCAUUGUAGAAUGUGCAUAAAUAGGGUUUAAUUAGGAUCUGUUUUUUUUUUUUUUAACUAUUUUCUGUUACACUUAUAGAAUCUUUUUUCCCCCACAUGAGCUUUUCAUUUCUCCGGCUUCUUUUUCUUAUGAUGUAGUACUUAUUAUAUCCAAAUAGCUCAACCGGUUAGAAAUGUUGUUUUGGUGUUUCAUAACCAAGUUUGAGUUGUUUUGUUCUCUUUGCAUAAGAAUCAUUUACAUUUUGUUGACCUAGUACCGUUUAAAACCA